CCUCAUCUGAGUCUUGACCCUUUCCCUGUACUUUCUUCUUCCCUCUAUGGUCUGCAGGCCAUUUGGACCCGAUUCUUUCCUGCUGUGGAUGCUCUGAAGUCUGCUUUGGCCCAGGGAAUUGUGGGAGACCUUCGAGUGGCUCGGGCAGAAUUCGGGGUUAAUCUAACCCAUGUACCUCGGGCCAUAGAUGCAGCCCAGGCUGGUGGCAGCCUGCUGGACCUGGGUAUCUACUGUGUCCAGUUUAUCUCCAUGGUCUUCAAUGGGCAGAGGCCUGAGAAGAUUUCAGCUGUGGGACGGUUGUAUGAGACAGGUGUGGAUGACACUGUCAGUGUGCUGCUUCAGUACCCAGGAGGGGUCCACGCUAGCUUCACCUGUAGCAUCACUGCUGAGCUCUCCAACACAGCGUCCGUGAGCGGGACCAAGGGCAUGGUUCAG